CAUUAUGUGGCUUCUUUUCUUUCAUCUUCGUACUCUCCCUACCAUUUCCCUAGAAACAUCGAAACCUCAAUUUUGUUUUCAGUAUAUGAACAAAAUCUAAGAAACAAUUGUUUUUUCGGAAAUGAUCACCAGUUCAAGAAAUCAAUUCCAGUUUUUCUGCCAUGGUUUCUCUACAACUCUCAUCUUGUUGUAGUAGUGCUUCUAAUGGAUCUUCAUUCUUUCUUUACAAUAUCUCUCGUAAUUCUUCUAUCGUUAAUGGGUUUUCUCCAAAUCUUAAAAAAUCAAAAUUGGGGUUUGAUGGAGCAGAGAAAAAGCUCUGUUUCAUCAGUAAGAAAAACAAGACUAGUGUUUUUGCAAUGGCAUCAAAUGUACCUUCUCCUUCUAAAAUGAAUCUUAAUGAGUAUAUGGUUACACUGGAUAAACCACUUGGUAUUCGUUUUGCUAUUUCUGUUGAUGGAAAGAUCUUCGUACAUGCCCUUAAGAAAGGGGGAAAUGCGGAGAAAACUAGAAUAGUCUUGGUUGGGGAUACAUUGAAGAAGGCAAGUAAUGGGUCUGCUGAUGGAUUUGUUGAGAUCAAGAACUACUCGGACAUACAGAAAUUUCUUAAGGAAGAGAAAGGAUCUUGCAGUUUAGUUCUGGAAAGACCCUUUGCUCCUUUUCCUGUUCAACAAUUGCUUAAUGCGAGUGUGGACGAUAUGUUAUUCAAUAAAGGUCGGGUUUCACUUGUUUCUUGGAAUCAAACGGUAUUGGCGUCAUACUUAGAGCCAUCGUCUGAGAACAAAGGGAAUUCAGGGUUUGCAGUAUUCUCUCCAAAGCUGCUGGCAGCACCAGGGUGGAAGUAUCUUAAUAAUCAGGAUGGUCAAGUUUCUUCGCGAAGACAGAGUAACUUUUUUGCUCCUCCAAUAAGCCAACUUGUUUGUGUAGUCUCCGAGGAAGAAGUCGAAGAAGCAGAAUGGGCUCAUGGGAGUUUUCCUUUGGAGGAAUAUAUUAAAGCGCUCGAUCGCUCUAAAGGCGAGUUAUACUACAAUCACUCACUUGGUAUGCGUUACAGUAAGAUUACGGAACAGUUAUAUGUCGGAUCAUGUAUACAAACAGAAGCUGAUGUAGAAACAUUGGCUAAUGAUUUGGGAGUUACUGCUGUGUUAAAUUUCCAGAGUCCAAAUGAAUGUGCCAAUUGGGGAAUUAAUUCUGAAUCAAUCAAUGACGCUUGCCGUCGUUCUAAUAUCCUCAUGAUCAACUAUCCUGUAAGGGAUGUAGACUCAUUUGAUUUGAGGAAAAAGCUUCCAUUUUGUGCAGGACUGUUACUGAGGUUGUUGAAAAAGAACCUUCGAGUUUUUGUAACAUGUACUACUGGGUUUGAUAGAUCCCCAGCUUGUAUUGUCGCAUAUUUGCACUGGAUGCAGGAUACUGACCUUCAAGACGCAUACAAUUUUGUCGCUGGCUUACACCCAUGCAGGCCCAACAGACCAGCAAUUGUCUGGGCAACAUGGGAUCUUAUUGCUAUGGUAGAAAAAGAUAGACAUGAUGGGCCUCCGACUCAUGCCGUGACUUUUGUCUGGAGUGGGAGAGAGGGGGAGGAUGUAUCCUUGGUUGGAGAUUUCACUGGUAAUUGGAAAGAAUCCUUUAAAGCUGUUCACAUGGGAGGUCCAAAAUAUGAGGCUGAAAUCAAACUUAACCAGGGAAAGUAUUGCUACAAGUUCAUAGUCAAUGGGAACUGGAGGCACUCAACAGGGUCACCAACAGUGUGCGAUGAACAUGGGAAUCUGAACAAUGUUAUUGUGGUAGGAGAUACUGCUAGCAUACGGCCUGCUACUGUGCAGCAACAAACUAAGGAUUCCUCGGUUGUGAAGGUGAUUGAACGGCCGCUGACAGAAUACGAGCGUGUAAUGUUGGCAAAAGCUGCUCGAUGUCUUGCAUUCUCUAUCUGUCCUAUCAGACUAGCUCCUAAAUAGAUUAUUCUGUGUCCAACUGCAUGCUUUUACCCUACAUUGAACAAGAGUAUAUGGGUGAACUUCCAUUUCAUGUAAUCUGCUCCUGCUCAAUGCAGCCUUGAUUUGAAGCACAAGUGAGCCAAAGUUUCACUUCAGGAUCCCCCGGCUCUAUAAUCCCCAAGUUGCCUUGGCAUAUUCCUCGACAUGUAGGUCACCUUAAAAAGCAAGGUGUUCUAUAUGUUGUAAUUUUCACUUCAGAACCCACUGGCUCUUCCAAUCCCCGGUUGUCUUUCUGAUUAUUCCUCUAUAUGUAGGUCACCUUAGACAGCAGAGGUGUUCUAUAUGUUGUAAAUUUUGCUAUGCGGCUCUGAAUUUUGUUGUACUUAUUAUACUGAAGAAUUGAACUCUUUUUAAUAUAAAAAUGUUCAGAGAAUUGCCCAUUU